UUCUGAGAGCUCUGCUCUUUGUCUGUAUUUGGAUCCUUGUACUGCAAAACCUGACAAAAGCAUUCAAUCUGGCAGUUCAAGUACAGUGUUUUAUUCUACAUAUCACCACCAGAGUUUCAAAACCAGGUUUUGGUGUGAAUAGCUGUGUCCCAUAGUAAGGUAGUGUAGCCUCAUCUAACAGCUCCAGUUAUCUGUAACACUUACUCCUCUUUCCAUGUCAGGGUAUCUCAGCACACAGGAUGAAAAUAAACCCAUUACCUGGGUACAUGUUGGGCAUGGGAAACUUCUCUCCUGAUCUACUAAGAAGCUCAGAAGUGCAACUCACUCAGUGGGUGGAGUUGGAGGCAACAGUCACUUUGAGCUGACCUCCCUGGUUCUGUCAGCGCGGCUGUAGCGGAUCUGUAGCUCUAGCAGGAGGUUCAGACCCCCUUCUAUACCUGGAACAACCACCUUCCCCGUCAACCAACGAGCCUGCAGGAGCACUAAGAGACAUAAAUGGUGGAGGCCGUGGUGGAGUUCGACUAUGAGGCUCAGCAGGACGAUGAGUUGAGCCUGACGGUGGGCGACAUCAUCGUGAACAUACGGCGGGACGAUGGAGGAUGGUGGGAGGGCGAGCUGGGCGGACGCAGGGGGUUGUUCCCCGAUAACUUUGUCAGAGAGAUAAAGAAAGAGGCCAAGAGGGAUGGAGGACAGGCAGGCAUGAUCAGAUCUGAGCUUUCCAAUGGGAGGGCCAGCCCCGUGUCCGACCCCGGCGUACGGCCGGGAAGGAAAGGGGAGCAGAUCCGCAAGCGGAGGUGUAAAGCGGCGUUCAGCUACGUGCCUCAGCAUGAAGACGAGCUAGGGUUGAAAAUAGGAGACAUCAUUGAGAUUAUAGCUGAGGUAGAGGAGGGCUGGUGGGAAGGAAGUCUAAAUGGGAAAACUGGAAUGUUUCCCUCCAAUUUCACCAAAGAAAUCCAGACUGAGUCAGAAACGCCGUCUUUGGACACAUCGCAGGAGGAACUGCGAAGCGGCCGUAUUAGUAAGGACAGCCCGGGCAGUGAGAGCGAUGGAGCAGACAGUCGGUCAGAAACAGGAUCAGGAGAAAUCCAACCCAAGAAGGUCCGAGGGUUUGGCUUUGGGGACAUUUUCAAAGACCAGCCCAUCAAGCUGAGACCGAGGUCUAUGGACAUGGAGUCAGAGGGGGACAAGGUCAACGAGAAAGCAGCGAGUGUCGCUCCUGAGAACAUGAAGACCGAACCUGACGGCAAAGCCAAAGCAGGGCGGGAGCAAUGUAAAGUCCUCUUCCCAUAUGAAGCACAAAAUGAAGACGAGCUUCAACUCAAGGAGGGAGAAAUCGUCAACAUCAUCUCAAAGGAGUGUGCUGAUGCAGGCUGGUGGAUGGGGGAAAUCGGGGGAAGGCAAGGUGUUUUUCCAGAUAACUUUGUUAAGCUGCUAGAGCCGGAGAAAGAGAGACCAAAGAAGCCGCCUCCUCCCAGUGCACCGUCAGCAAAACACAACACAGAGAAAAAGUCCGAGGUCAAGAAGGUUCCUCCUGAGCGGCCUGAACAUCUGCCACAGAGGGACCAGGAUCGAGGUGAAGAGGGGAAGUUUGGAGAAAUCACAAAGCCAAACCUCCCAACCAUCCUCCCAAAGAAACCCCUCCCCCCAAAGACAAGCUCCUCCUCUUCCUCACAACCCCCGCGGCGUCCUGAGAGACCGCCCCCUAUAGCGUGUGAAAGCCCCAAGUCUGAGGGCGGGGCUUCGACACCAGAUUCUGCCCCUGACAGGUCACAUGACACUGAUGUGGACCUGGACGCAGUUGUGUCGUCAACAGAGAAGCUGAGUCACCCGACUGCGUCACGGCCACGAAUCACAGACCGACGGCCUCGCUCACAGAUCAUCACACCAUCUUCCCUGUCCAGUAUUGACAUGGACCCUCCUGCAGUGGAGGAGAGGAAGGACAGAGGGAAGGAGGAGCCAGAGACUGUCCCCCUUAGACCUGUCGAAGUUUCCUUGAGAAAAGCAGUCCCCAAUAUUUCAGCACCUGAUAGCAAAGCACCACUGCCCGCCAAACCCUCUGUCCUGAACCCGCCAAACUCCAGCCACCGCUCCAUUUCUCCGUCUUCCUCCUCGGGUCUGACCCCGUCCCCCGAGCUCCGGCAUUCACCUCUGACCCCCCCGACACUGGAGGAACUCAGGAACCAGCUGAGAGACCUGAGGUCCUCCGUAGAACUGCUGAAGAGCCAGCACAGGCAGGAGAUGAAGCAGCUGUCCAGUGCGUUAGACGAGGAAAAGAAGAUUCGACUUAGUUUACAGAUGGAAGUAGAGCACAUAAAGAAGAACCUGUCAAAAUGAAGAAUUUAUCAUUAUCAUCAGUGCACUCUGCUCGCCACAUCAGACGCCAACAUCUGAGAAAGUUCUCACCGUUGGCCCGAGAAACUUCCGCCAAAACGUUUGUGCCAAACGAUCGUCACGAUCAUCGUCAGCAACAACACAUCACCAUGGGAUCAACCACCUUCCCCCUCCCCACCCCGGCGCCGCCUUAUCCUGUGUUUGCUUUCUUUACUUCCUGUUCAAGAGGCUUCUCUGUUGAGUUUACUGCUUUCUUUUCGUCGAUGCUUGCUGUGCCCCCGGUACUGACUGACCGAGGCCUGUCGCUGUUUUGCCACGACGAUGACUCGGCCGUCAUGGCGGCCUCACUGGUACUUUUUUUGUUUCUCAGUAUGAAGGAAACUCUGAAAACAACCUUCAUGGCCCGGUUGGUUCAGACGACCUCUGUGCUGUUCUGUGUCCACUCUGCGGCCUUUGCCUCAUAUCUGUAACUGUGUGUGUGUGUGUGUGUGUGUGUGUGUGUGUGUGUGUUCUUAUUUUUCUAUCAAAGUGGGGAUUCAAUUUUGAAGCAGGUUGUCCUGACUUCGUAUGCUGAAGUUAGGAUUACGGUUGAUCGAACAUUACUCUCUGAGGCACAUCGUUAGGUUUAGGGUUUCUUCUUCUGCACAUUGAGCUCUAUGUUUCUAUAACACACUGCAGGUGAGUGAAUCUGAAGCAUCAGCCAUUAACAGCACAAGCAUUGACUCCCCCCCCCUGUGACCCUUUCUUCUCAACGUAAUGACUUUUUAAUUUGUGGUCAAAUAUGUUUGCCUGUUUGGAAGUUCAACUUUAAGCAUAUUACAAAAUAUCCUGCCUGAGUAGCGAGUUACACUUGAGGUGCGUUUUUUUAAAGGAAAGACAUUUUGGUUAAAUUUGGUUGUGAUUCUGGGAUGUCAUAUCACAAGAACAACAAUGUACACUAAAUGUAGAGCUAAAAACUAGCUGCUAAGUAGCCUUGCAUUGCAAAAAGACUUGAAACAGAGGGAAACAGCCUGCCAGCACACCUUGAGAUGACAUUUGCUGAAUAUUGUAUAAAACACAAAUGAGUUGAAAAAGUGAGAAUUUGUAAUAAGCAACAGGAAGUACUGUAUCAUAUCUCCAUUAAAGCACAAUAUGUUCAUUUUACACUUUGAACUACAUCAUUUUUGUGCAUACCAGGUGCUGAUUUUCAGAUUUUGCAGAGUUAGAAACCUUUUUUUGAGUCUUUAUCAAAGAAAGCUGCUAUGCUGAGCUAACUGGUUUCAAUACUCCUGGAUAACUCUUGAUAAGAAAGCAAAGAUUUCCCACUGUUUCAAACUAUUUCUUUGACAAAGCUUUGAUGCUUUGUGAUAUUUGGCUGCAAAUCAACAAACAUAUUCACAGAAAAGCACACGGCACUGAUAAAAACACCCCCUUCCUGUGAUUUGUGUUACGUGUAGUGUUGCCUCAUGGACAGAAAUGUUAUCAUUUAUAGCUUUUUUUUUUUUUUUUGCUUUUGCACUUUUGCUCCAUGGCUCCAGAAACCUUAAUAAACCCCACUGUGCUGGUCGCAUCACAUCUCCCUAAAUAUCCAAAACCGAGGUUCAUGUGCAUUCGAUGUUUCUGGUGCUCUUUCGGUAGCAGUUAAAGGGUAACAUUAAGGACAGGGUUUGAGGAAUGUAGUCAUUGAAGGGACCUCCCAGGUUAAUGAAGACAAAAAUGUGUGUGUAUGUAUGUAUGUAUGUGUGUGUGUGUGUGUGUGUGUGUGUGUGUAUGCAUGUAUGUAUGUGUGUGUUUGGGGUAGCAUGUAUGGCUGUUUGCCUCCCUUCCUUAUAUGUGCACAGAAUCUAUGGCAACCCGUCACUGUGGCCUUCCUGUUUUUGACUCCAAAUCUUUGUUUUUUUCUUUCUUUGUUUCUUUCGUAUGACAACAAGAAAACUGCAACAACUGAGGCUACAAGUUGUUUUCUUGACUUGGUCCUUUCUCUCCAGGAUAGUGAUAAAUAUAUACUUUUAUAUUUCAGUGUAAUAAAGAUGCUAUUAUGUACUGUA